AUGCGUACAAAACCGUACACAAGCCCGCUCAUACCAACUAGUCACCCGUCAUCCACACGGACUCCACCAAAUCUUCCUCCCGGUCCAGAUACGGCACGCAGCGGACGCGGACCUCGUGGUGGGGGAGCAUCCGGUCGAACACUUCUUGCAGCCGUGUGCAGUGGCGAUGCAGAAGAGGUGGCCAAGAAGGUGACCCAACGAAAUGUGAAGAUCUGCCAUCCUGUUACUGGCUGCUCUACGCUUCACUUGGCUGUUCUUCGCGACAAACCGGAUAUUCUCACAGUGCUUCUUAACGUUAGAAAUGUUGACUUGAAUGUGACAGACAACGAAGGUCGGACGGCCUUACACUACGCAGCUGCUCGUUGCUCACUAAACGGAGAUCCGACUAUGUACUACAUGCUCAUAGAGAAAGGAGCGAAAGACGACUUGCCAGAUCACGAAGGAUUCACAGCUCUGGAUAUCCAUCAGAAUCCUGAGCUCAUAGACCUUGAGAGAGCUCGUUCACAGAACAAAUACCCGUACAUUAUGACAAACGAAUGGGAAAAUCUCUUUUCUACCCAGUCAGAAGAAACGCUGACUGAUAUGAUAUUGCAAGGUGAACUGGACCUCUCUGGUGCACCACCUCUGCCCCAGUACGAGGAGAUGUUCGGUAGAUUGGCACAAGUACAGGCGAAUAUGCUAGGCAUUUGGGAUGCGGUUAUGGCCGAAGACGAGAAGACUCUGAAACAGCUUUUGUUUCGAAAAGAAAUGGCCCUAAGUAAGGACUCAGAAGGGCGGACCCCUCUACAUCUGGCAUACAAAAGAGGCCAUCAACCAUGUAUUGACUACCUGUUGAAGCUAUGCCCGGAGGCGGAAUUGGUCUUCGACAAGAAAGGACGCCUUCCCAAGGAUUACGCAGCAAAAGCUCCGAAACUGAUUCCGGUAAAACUACAAGAGCGAAGGGGCUCAAGGACUCGAGUACUCCAUCAGUCCAGAUUUCAUCACGCGCAUUCAGAACCCAGACUAAUGAAGGCGAAAGCACCACAAUUAGGGUUUUCAGUCGAUCUCGAUGAGACUAUCGCCGAUCGUAUUCUCAACAUCGACUUCAACAGCGAAAAUUUCGAUGUGCUGGAACAGAUUCAAAUGGAAGGAAAAGCUGAUCAAAUAUGGGCAACAGCACGAAGAAAUCCGAGUAAUGAGCCUCUGAACAGAUACAUAGCGGAUUUUAAAAGUUUGCAGCUUCGUCUCAGCUCUGCGAUUGAUGCUGUAGAGAAGAACAACAUGAAGCAGCUUCGCCAAAUAAGCGAUGACGAUGUGGUCAGAGCUCGAGAUCCAAGAGGUAUGCGAUUGUUGCAUGUUGCUGUGCUGAAGGAAAGACACGAAAUGGUCGAAUUCAUCGCUACCGAGUUUCCUCAGGCAAUCAAUCUGCCUGACCAGGCUGGCAGAGCACCAAUUCACUACGCAGCUGCUCAACCGAAUGCUAUCUACGACACGCUGAUAGACCUCGGUGCCGAUCCUCGCAUCACGGAUACGGAAGGCUACUCUGCUGAAGCGUUCCGCCGAUCUCCUGAUCGUCUACGUCGUCCUGCGUCGGCUGAUUCUAGUUUGAUGCUAAGAUCGAUGUCGACAGACGAUGAAUUCUAUGAUCCAGACGCUCCUGCUGAGCCUAUCAUUGAUGAAUGGAUUUCUUCCGGGGAUGUAGCAAAAUUGGAGCAACUUGUACUUGAUGGACGCGGUCAUAUGUUGAAAGAAAAGACAGCAGUAAACGCAGCUAGCAAAGAGUUUUUGCGAGGUCUUACAGUUUAUCAGUCAAAGAUUGAUGCUAUCCAUAAAGCAGUCGAAGAAGGAGAUGUCCGAAGAGUGAAAUCACUUAUCGACCGCCAACAACUUGCUCUAGCCAGAGACACAUACGGUAUGACUCCGCUACACAAAGCCUUACUACACGGACAAACCAAUACUGUGAGACAUUUGCUGGCAAAAUACCCUCAGUGCGUGAAUGCCACCGAUCAUGCCGGUCGCACUCCGCUCCAUUAUGCAGCUGCUGAUCCUAACGGUGAACAUAUGAUCAAAGUGCUGCAGAAAGCAGGAGGAGACGCAUUCAUCGACGACAAACACGGUCACACACCGUUCUAUUACCGUACCCACGGACAACGACUGAAUGUGCGCAGCAUGAAGGACAAUGCUGUAAUGAAUCAGCUGAUGUCUGGACAACUUAGUCGGACCCUUUUGCAAGAUUUGGAAGAAGACAUCUAUGAUUGGAUUCACACCGGAAAUGUUGGCAAACUUGAGGAGCUGGUUCUAACUGGUUAUGCUGACCUCUUAUUGGGCAGAAACCACGAGGUCGAAGAUGCUGACAGUAUUGGAUUUCUAGAAGUGCUACCGCAAUAUCAGGCCAAAAUCCAAGCAAUUCACAAAGCCGUCGAGACGGGCAACUUGCGUGCAGUAAGGUUGCUGACUGAUCGCAAAAAGCUAGCCCUGUGUAGAGAUUCUAGAGGUCUUAGCCCUCUGCAUAAGGCGAUAGUUUUCGACAGAGCAGACAUUGCAAAAUAUCUCAUCAGAAAUUACCCACAUGCUGUGAACGCUAUGGAUCAGAAAAAGCGUACUCCUCUGCAUUACGCUGCAGCAUAUCGAGACGGAGGCUAUUUAUACAAGAUGAUGAGAAAAAGCGGUGCCGAUCCGAAUAUUUACGAUUGUCAUGGUCGUCCGGCAAAAUAUUAUCUGAAGCAUCCUGGCGAGAUCGACCUUCCGGCAAUGCGUCUUGACACUAAAGCUGCUCUGAAGCAGGUGCUUCACAACCGCGUGGCUCCAAGUUACUUGGAGUCUUCAAUACAGCAGUGGUUGAGGGACGGUCAACUGGCAAAACUUGAACAGCUUGUUCUUUCGGGUUGUGGAGAUUUGCUCCAAAACAGAAAUGCCACUAAUCCAGAGACAGCUAAGUAUUUGGAAAAUCUGCCAGAGUACAUGAGCAAGAUCGAAGGAAUACAUCGGGCCAUCAAAGAAGGUGAUCUCGAAAAGGUGAAAGCGCUGAUGACAACGAAGAAGCUUGCUAUAGCUCGCGAUCGCUUCGGCUGCACUCCACUUCAUGCAGCUGUAGUGCACGAGCACACCGAGAUUGUUCGCUACAUUGCCGGUCAUUUCCCUUCUGUUCUAAAUGCACCAGACUAUAAUAAACGCACGUCUAUGCACUACGCAGCUGCGGCAAGAGACGGUGGUCAUUACCUGAAGAUUUUGGGCAAAGCUGGAGCGGACCCGAUGGCUGUGGACAAUGAAGGUCGCACUCCUGACUACUAUAGAAGAAAUGCAGUGAUUGAUCUGAAAAUGAUAAAAGAAAGAGAUGAAGAUUACGAUGUUGUAAGCGAAGAUAUGCUCGAUGGAGAAGGACCGAUGCUGGAAAGCCCUGGUAGUGCUGAUAGUGGGUCGGAGAGUUCUGUUAUUGACUCGGCCCGUCCACAAGAAGAAGACGAUGAGAUGGAUCGACAUCGUUUCGAGAAAAUGUUGCACGGACGCACCGAUUUGCCCACUUCGGAAAAUGGAAUUUAUCUGGCGAGAACAGUAGCUCCAGUGCUUACAAAAGCACUUGCAGAGGUGUUAUUGCGUCGCCCUGCUGACCCGAUCGGCUUCAUUUCGGAUUAUCUGCAAAAAUAUCACAGCGAGCUCCCUCAUCGCUCAAAUGGGAGGCUUAUAUAA